GCAACUUUACUUUGCAUUUCUGCUAGAGACCAUUUUCAAAGCUUGAACCUGUAAUCUCCUCCUGAUCAUAUGGCAACAACUUUAUCAGUUAAUCCGAGCCCCCUUCAAUUUAUGUAUUACUAUGACUUAUUAAAAAGAUAGAAAAAAGUUUACUGACAUUUCCUACAAAUUUUUAUAAGCUUUACUGUCUUGGCAUCAUCUCUCACUUUGAAGUACCUCUGCUCUUCCCUCUCACAUUUGCUCAACUCCCCAUAAGCAUCUUCACACUCCCACACUCCCACACACACUCACACAAAACUCAGAAAACAGUGCAAACAAAGAACAAGAAAAAGACUCAUCUAUCCAUAAAUGGCCACAAAUAAUCCUCCAUCUUCAUCAAUAUCAUCAUCCAAUAUCAAGAAUGAAGAAGAACAAGAAGAAGAAGAAGAAUACAUAGAUAUGGAAGUUACCUCUUCUUCUUCUUGUUCUUCACCACAAAUAAGUAGAGAAUUUGAGUUCCAAAUGGCUUCUAUUUCCAUCAAUGACAAAGACUCAACAACAACAACAACAACUUCACCAGCUGAUGAACUUUUCUAUAGAGGCAAACUCCUCCCUCUUCAUCUCCCUCCAAGGUUAGAAAUGGUCCAAAAACUUCUCACAUCUUCAAAGAUUGAAUCUUUUCAACUAGAACAACAACAAGAUGAUGAAAGAUUUACUAGCAUUAGUACCAACAACUUGACUAACACUAACACCCCUUUUGAUUCUUCCAACCAAAAACUUCUUCAAACCUCAAAGAUUGAGUCUUUUCAAGAACCUGAAGAAGCAAGAUUUAGCAUUAGUACAAACAGCUUGAUGAAUGCUGCUGCUACUACUACUAGUAGUUGUACUAAUACUGGUACCCCAUAUGAGUCUUGCAACAUUUCUCCAUCAGAGUCAUGUAGAGUGAGUUGUGAACUGAAUCCAGAUGAGUAUUACUUUGAAUGGUCUACUGAAUUCAGCACAUUUUUCAAGGACAGCAACAAUCAUCCAAAGAUGAAAUCUUGGUCCAAGAAACUUAAGUUAGUGAAGCAAUCUUUAAUUAGUCAAAAGUUGAAGGCUUCAACUUCAAAGGCAUAUAUCAAUCUCAAGUCAUUGUUCAACAAAUCUACUUGUUCAGAUCAUCAACAACAAGUUUCUUCUAAUGGUACUAAAGAUUGUUCAAAUAAGUACAUUAAGGUAUGUAAAAGAACCCCUUUUGGCCAUAUUGGAAAAUGUACAACACAUAAUUAUUCACCAACAUUAGCAAGUGUUAUAAGAGAUAUUGAGAGCAGUACUAAUGAAGCAGACAAUGUUAAUAGUCAUAGAAGAUCAUUUUCAGCAGCAAUCAAGAAACAUUCACCAACAAAAUGCUUGUCAUCUUCAUCAUCUAAUGGCUCUUGUUCAUCAUCUAAUGGUUCAUCUUCAUCAUCAUUUUCAUUGAAUUCUAAUGGAUUUUAUGAGUUGAAUUUUCUUAAGAGAAGUAGUAGUGCAACUACAGAGAUUGAAGGGUCAAUUGAGGCAGCUAUUGCUCAUUGUAAGAAGUCACAAGAACUUUGCAAUCCAAAAAGGAAAUUCAUUGAAGCUGAUCAAGGGAUUAAUUCAUUGUCUAUUUCCAAGAUUGCAGCUACUGAAAUUCAAGAAAGACAAGAUCUUUGUAGAUUUUGAAUAAAGUUUUUUUUUUCUUUUUUUUUUUUAAUUAAUGUUAAAGAGAAGUUUGCAGUUUAUAUGUAAUCAAUUCAUUGUUUUAGUGUGUAUAUUUCCAUGAGUUAAUGUAAUUUUUCCUUUCUUUUA